AUGGCUGAACAGAGUGACAAACCUUAUACGCUCCAACUCAGCACCAAGAUAUGUGAUCGUCUGCCACGCGAACUUCGCGACCGAAUAUACUCACUCCUGGACCUUGACCAGGAGACUAAACGAUCCAAACCAAUCGACGAUUUCGUCAAAGACCAGUGUUGCGAACAAUUCUCUCGAGAAUGCCUACUUUGGUACUACGAGAACGUGCCGCAGAUGCUAUAUCGGCCCUGGUAUUACGAGGACAUUGAACAAUUCAUGCGACUUUAUCCCAAAGUCAAGAAAAUUCCAGGCUUGAUUAUUGUCUUGGACGCAGGCCAGCCAGACUUUGAAUUUGAGGAGCUCACAGAUGCGAUGGACAAGCUCAAGGCUACCGGUCACUUUGAUGACCUCAACAGAGACUUUAAAGUCCGUGUUUACAUCGAUAUAGCACAUCACGCCAUGUGGCGUAGUAUGAAUCCGAAUGUUGAGCAGGCUAUCCUAUUUUCUCAACGCAUCCUCCAGUAUUUCAGCACGCGCAUCAAGGACGCUUUGUGUUUCGUGCGGUUGAUGGAAGCCGAGGAAACCGAUAUCAGAGAAGUGGGUGUGGACGUUACAAAGUUCAUGGAGGAGCCAAUGAACGGUAUACUAGAAAGAUUUGGAGUUCUCGUGGUUAUGGGGACGGAAUAUUCGCCCCCACGGUAUGUAGAGGUUGAGAUCUCAGUAGUACCCUAUUAUAGAGUUAACAUGCUACAGAUGGAUCGAACAGCCUUUUAG